ACCCCCACAAUCUCUAGAUUUAACACCACCACCAUCACUGCACCAUUUUCCUCGCUGUCCCUCCACUCGUUUCCUCGCUCCGCACAGCACAUUCCGCCAGCACUCAAUUCGUCGCUUCCACCACCUCCACUCCGGUCAUCAUGGAUAUGACCAGGCACCUUUUGGCUGCUCUUAAUCUGCCUCCAAUCCGCGAUGUCCCUCCGUUUCCCCUAGGAUCUGACACCCAGCCCAGGGAUCGCCCUCUCCCUCUCGAGCCGUCCGCUUCCCAAGACGCUUAUAGCUCCUCGCAAUAUCAACAGGGACGUAGGGAACCUAAUCAGCAGCAAUCACAGCCACAGGCGCAACAACCCCCGCAGCAGCAACAGCAACAGCAGCAGCAACCACCGCAUCUUCAACUCCAUUCCCGGGAGUCACCCAAUGACCCUUCGCGUCAGGAGACACAAGCGGAGCCCGUUCAAAACUCGAUAGACGUCCGAAUGAUCGCCACGAAAUCUACACCGACUCCCAAGGAGAAGGAAAAAUCGAAGGAUAAGGCAAAAUCUAACAGCGACCGCCAAGACCAGAUCACCACUCCGGGCGGUCGCUCAUACCCUACGCUGCUUCCAUCAGCCAUGCCACCAUCCGAAGUUCGCACCCCUAAAAGUGGGGCUGGAAACAAAAAUUCCACCCCCGGCGAAAAAUCAUCUAAUCGCCGGGUCCGUCGGAAAUGGACGGAGGAGGAGACGAAUGACCUCAUCAAGGGGUGUCACACAGUAAGUCUAUGCUGUCCGUCGAAUUCAUGCACAGCGGUGUUAUUGAUCUCUGUUGUCCUUGUUCUAGCAUGGCGUGGGGAAUUGGAAAAAGGUUCUUGAGGAUCCAAGAUUUCAUUUCAAUGGGCGCUCGUCUGUGGAUUUGAAGGACAGGUUCGUUGCUGAAACUCCCGGCUUCUUGCAUUUGGGCCUCUUUCUUCCUUCCUUUCUAACCAUGAGACGAACAGGUUUCGCACGUGUUUCCCCAAGGAAUACAGAAAGCCCAACGAUCUCGAGUCCGAAGAAGACGCCGAGCCAGUACCCGGUCCUGCGCCCGAGGGUGAUACCAUCGUCCUUGCCCCCCUACCGCCCAAGACCCCUAAGGUUGAGGGCGAAAAGGGCAGGAAGAAGACCACAAAAACCGAGCUCCACCACGUCGAGGUCCUCGAAAAACUCGGUGUCCCUAAUAGUUUCCCUAAGGUUCAACGUCGCGAGAGGAGAGAGUUCACCGCUGAGGAAGACGCCCGUCUCCUUCAUGGUUUCAAUAUUGUAUGUAUUGCGCUUUUAUACUUCUUCCCGGGAGGUACCACGCAACCCAUCCAACGGUCCGACCGCCCGAAACUAUAUACGAUCAAAGCUAACCUAUACAGCACGGGGCGGCAUGGUCCAAGAUCCAGAGUGAUCCCGACCUUCAACUGAGCCACCGUCGAGGCACGGAUCUUCGUGAUAGGUAUAUACUAUCAAGAUUUGCCUUUGUUGAUGUGUUGUUAAUUGGUCUAGAUUUCGCAAUGCUUUCCCGGAUCGCUACGAAUCAGCUGGGUUUAAAGCUCGGCCCAGACAGCGCCCUAAACCGCCUCGUUCGAGUUCCAAUGGCAAGGGCAAGGCCCCCGAUGCAAUCGAAGCCAAUGGAGAGUUGGAGGAUCGCCGUGGAACAGGAUUGGAGGGGCCGAAUAAAGGCGAUAGCGCAUCACUUCUCAUGCAGAGUCUUCUCGCAGGCCACCUCUCUCCCGGUUGGGGAACAGGGGACACACCCGUUACCUCCUCCGACCAAUCGCCCGCACCCGGAAGCCUUGCCCUGGAUCCUGCUCUGAACGAAGGCUUCUCGGGCACCACCCUCGAGCAAAUCACGGAGGAAUUCCUCGCCGUUGCCCAGGGGAGCGGGAAAGAGCCAGCACAGGGUAAUGGACAAGAGGCAUCCCACGAUAUGGUUCGCUGGGAGGACAUGGCCAACAAUCCAAUCUUCGACAUCGACCCCUCCAUAACCGGCAAUUCCACCGCCCCUCACCCACAGCCUGAAAUGGGAAGCAAAGAGCCCGUGAGCCUCUCGGGUAUCAGCAUUGGCAGCAACACUGGUCCCUCCACCACCACGGAGAACUCUGGUCAUGACAAGACGAGCGUGAAGAGGCUCAGCGAGGAGGCCAAUCCCGAGACGAUACACAAAAAGCGCCGUAUCGCCGAUGAGUUGCUGUAGUAGCAUCAUCGAGUUUAAAGAUAAAGGAUAUCAUUGCGAUGUGAGAUGCUGACCUUUUCAAGAAAUUAAUUAAAAAAAAAAAAAAAAGAAAAAAAGAAAAAAAAUAAUAGUUAAAAUCGGAUGUACAAUUAACACGACCUCCCCCCCCCCCUCCAUUCUCUCGUCUCUUUCCCCCCCCUUCUUAUUACCAUCAUACUUCUUUUUUUGCUUUCUCUCUCGUUCUUUCCUCCACCUACCGUCCAUCCUUGGUGUAUGCCUCUUGCUUUCUACUCUUCACACUUAUCCUUGACUCUUUUUGCCUUGCUCGGAUAGUCAUAUCAUGUUUGGGUUUCAUUACUUUCCUCUACUUUCUUCCCGCUUUUCUUCUUCCUUCCUUUCUUCGUCUUCUUUUUUAUGUCACUUUACUUUGGUCUAUCUGCGGUAGGUGGGAGCGGCGAAUUGGGAAAUGGUGUUCUUUUUUUUUAUUUCUGUUAUUACCUCCAUUACAUUACAUUACAUUGUAUAAAACAAAAAAAAUUCAUACCGUACGUGGGACUCGAUCCGCGGUCCACAUU